CCAAUUUGAGCCAUGUAGACCCUGGGACGUUCACGAGGUCUCCAAAUGGAGGGAUCCUCUGCAGGAGUUCGGCUUCUUGCAUCUGCCAUCGGUGCUGGUAUCGCUGAGGCGACCACCUUGCCCACAGAUGUCGCAAAGGUACGACUGCAGCUGCAAAGCAGCUCCUUGGGCGAGUUGAGGUACCAUGGCAUGGUGGACUGCAUCAUGAAGGUGGCUCGAGUUGAGGGGCUCAGAGCGCUUUGGAAGGGGAUCGUACCUGCAUUGAUCCGGCAGGUGAGUUACCAUUCCUUCACCUUUGUCCUCUACGAGCCCAUCCGGGACAUGGUAAGCCUCGUUCUGGGAAUGGAGGCAGCUCGGAGCAAUUACCUGCAGCGACUAUUGGCAGCUGGAACCUCUGCUGCCAUUGCCAUCGUGCUGUUCAAUCCCACUGAGGUACUGAAGACCCAGAUGCAAAGCAGUUCAGGCAAUGUGACCAUGAAAGAGGCAGACAGCUUGGAACGGCAAACUCCGACAGCUCGACAGAAUCGAAUCAUGUAUGUGCGGACUCCGGUCCAGCACAUGACCGUCUGCGUGGCGCCUGCGGUGCGGCCUCCAGUGGUCAAGCCCAUGCAGCCUCCACCGCCACGCUGGAUAUAUGCUGCGCCUUUGAAGCAGCAAAGGUCUGCUUUACAGAGCAUUCCGGGUCCCAACACAGCGCCCAAGGUGGUGGCAAUGAGAGUUGGAGCCCCGCAAGCGAAGAAGGACGCACCUCUGAUCGAGGGACGCGCGCCGACCAAGGAGGGCAUUGAAACAGUCAAGCCUUCAGAUUUCAAAGCGCUGCGGGAACGGAACCAAGACACCAUCAUCGUGGUUGAUCUCCGCGGCGAUGACAGGGCCGCUGGCACAAUUGCUGGCGCCCUUCCGAUUCCGGCCUUGUCUUAA